CUACAAAUGUAGGGCAGAUGUAAGGGAUAGAUAUAGUGACGGAUAGAAACCGAUAUAGAGCAUUAUUCUAUUGUACCCCUACAUCAUCACUAUAGCACUAGGACUACGAGAAACACCCGGAGUUCAGAAUAACUCCGUUUCUUUUUUUGUUCCUCCCAGACGCGCUCAAGAUGUUUAGGAUCACGAGCAGCGCCCUUGCCCUGCUCGUCGUCUUCCUGGCCUGGACCUUUGUCAAGUCCAAGCUCAAGAAGCGCCACAACGAUGCAAAGGCCGCGGCGCUCGGGUGCCUGCCGCCGCCGGUGCUGCGAAGCACAAAUUUGAUCGGCAACUCGAUAUUGCGGGAGUCCAUGAAAGCUACCAAGGAGGACCGCGGGCCCCAGUACGUGGCCGAGAAGCUGGAUAGCAUCUCGCCAGACUGCCAUACUGUCAAAGUCCCUAUCAUCGACUAUGAGAUCCUCGUGACUCGUGACCCCGAGAAUGCUCGCACGCUCUUCACCAACCCCGACUUCGACAUCAGUCACCACCGGCAGCUGAGUUGGAUGCCACUGUUAGGCAAGGGCAUCUUCACGAGCCGGGGCGAUAUCUGGAGGCACAGCCGUGCGCUCUUGCGGCCACAGUUCGCGAGAGAAAUGAUCAGCGACCCGCAGCUUGAGGAGCACCACCUGCAAAACCUAUGGGGCCAGCUCGCCGCCGACGUCACGACCGGGUGGACGUCUAAGGUCGAUCUCGCGCCGCUCUUCUUCAAGUUCACCCUCGACACGGCGACCGAGUUCAUCUUCGGACAGUCGGCCAACUCUCUACAAGAGCGCGAUAGCGCCAAGGACCUCAGCCGCCACUUCAACGCCGCCAAAGUCUGGAUCGACAAGCGCGGCGCCCUGGCGAAGUUCUACUGGCUUAUGAACAGCAAGGAGUUCAAGGAGCACUGCGCCGCCAUCCACAACUUCGCCGACGGCAUCGUAGCCGACCGGCUCGCGAACCCGGAGAAGCGCAGCGGCGCCGACCCGGAAAAAGGGGCCCGCUUCAACCUCCUCAACGAGCUAGCCAAGGAGACGCAGAACCCGCAGGAACUCCGCAACGAGACUCUGCACGUGCUGAUCGCAGGCCGGGACACAACAGGCUGCCUCCUCGGCUGGGUCCUCUACUUCCUCGCGCGGCACCCCGCCGUAUACGCGCGUCUGCGCACCGAGAUCCUACACCGGUUCGACGACGGGCCCGCGGACUUCCGCUCGCUAAGCCAGCUGCCGUACCUGCAGUGGGUCGUCAGCGAGACCCUCCGCGUGGCGACCGUGAUCCCGCUGAACGAGCGGAUCGCGCUGCGCGACGCGGUGUUGCCGAGGGGGGGCGGGCCGGACGGCAAGGCGCGCGUGUUCGUGCCCGAGGGCACGCAGGUGCUCGUCCCGCUGUACGCGAUGCAGCACCGCGCGGAUAUCUGGGGCGCGGACGUCGAGGAGUUUCGCCCCGAGAGGUGGGAGACGUGUCGGGCUGGGUGGGAGUUUAUUCCGUUUGGGGCGGGUGCGAGGAAGUGUCUUGGUCAGCAAUUCGGACGCCAGGAAGUCAGCUACGUCGUGUCGCGGUUCUGCCAGAAGUACGACCGCAUCGAGAACAUGGAGGAGGGCGACGGCAGGAUCCGGCUUCAUCAUGCUAUUGAGAACCGGUCGGGCACUGGUGUUCAAGUGCGGCUGCACGAAGCAAAGGCUUCUUCUUCUGCGUGAGAUGGUCUGCUGGGAUAGCUCUACGCUCUACGUGAUGGAUUAGAUGGAUAGCUUAAUAUUGUAAUGUCUACGAACUAAAUGAGGUGAAUUUGAAUACAUGACAGCCUGCUAGAAUAUAAUUCAUUGCUGAUGCUCGGACUUCACUACCUAUCUCCUAAUAUACUUGAUAUCUAUCCUCUUACUUACAAU